UUUUGAGCAAUUUCGCCCCAUAUAUCUAAUAUAUAUAGUUCCACCACAUCAAAGCUUCUACUUUUAUAAAGAGGAGGGAUGGUCAAAGAAUCACUUUCAUCACUAUAAGUUAACUUGCUAAAGACAUUAUUUAGCCAGUUGACUACUGAUUGUCAUUGUAGAAUAACAGUUUAUUAAAAAGUCAUCAAAAAAUAAUAAAAAUGGCCAAAAUGUGCAUGAUUUACUCUAUUCUUGUCAUUACUAUCAUCACAAUUUCGAGUGCUCAGCCAAUUCAAGAGGAUCAAGAAGCAGAACCUUGCCCACCUUGUAUGGUGACUCUCAAUCUCAAUUACGUUUGUGGCACUGAUGGUCACACUUAUAGUAACAUCUCAGAGCUGAAAUGUCAAAAUAGCUGCAAAAAGUCAAACAUUGAAAUGAAACAUGCAGGACCAUGUAGAAAAGACCAACCCCGACUUUGUCCUUGCGCUUUGUUGCAUCAUUUGCGUGAAAUUUGUGGUACCGACGGAGAAACUUACAGCAAUGAGUCUGAAUUGAGAUGUCAUAACCAGUGCUCAUUCUUAGAUAUUGGAGUUAAGCACGAGGGCCCAUGUAAAAAAGCUGAGUAA